AUGUCUGAUUCGGGUUCUUCAUCCUCUUCCAGCGCAUCCGACUCGCCGCGGGGUGGUACACCGGAGCCGGGAUUUGUGCCAGAGGUGGAACAAGAACCUGCAACAGAAUCAACCACUGCCGACGGGACUCAGAGCAAAUCCCCGCAAGAAGAGACUCCAUCUUCAACCUCGGAGGCUGAUCAGCCAGAAAUUGAGACAGACCCUCAGGUAGAGGAGGAGGUAGAUCCAGAUGCCGAACCCCUUCAUGUUACGUGGAAAAGCGAGGGAAGCCCAGAUCCCGCCUCCGUGGCUGCAGACUUUGUAGUAAUCCAUGGUGUUUAUGGCGGAUGGGAAAACGAAUACCGGGCAGGACCCGGCUCUGGGAGUAGUGAAUGGGUCUCAAACUAUGCACAGUCACUCGAGCCUUCGAGAAUCCUUCGUUUUGAGUACGAGCCGCUCCAGCUUUUUUGUGGUCGACGAAGCCGCCAAGCUAUCCAAAACUGCGCCCUCAAGUUACUGAGGGCAUUGGCUGCCCGGCGAAGGCAUGAAACUCAAAAGCGGCUGAUUAUCUUUGUUGCCCAUGAUAUCGGAGGACUCAUAGUCAAAGAUGCAUUGGUUGCGGCAGCCCUUGACACAGCUUCUUGGAUGGACAUUGUAGAAAUGAGCCGUGUUAUGGUAAAGCUACCAAUUGUCUUUCUCGGCUCUCCUCAUCGAAGCGUUGACCACUUUGAUAUGGAAGACAGAUUAUCUCGAUUUCUUUUCGGUGGCUUUGACUCAGGAAUAGCAGAGAUUCGACCCUCGGCGUCUGCUAUUUCUGGAUUUGCAGCGGCUGCUAUGGAGAUCAAUGGCCUGUUUAUUGAGUCAAAAAUCACUCUCCGUAGCCGAGCAGUUAGCGUUCAUUACGCGGAAGGAUAUUCGCCCAGCAUGAAUAAGGCUAACGGUGGCAUGAAGGCGUUUGACUCUUACAGCGCAACACUCGGAGUGCCGAUGGAGAAGAGAAUACCAGAGCCUAGUGGUGAUUCUAUUAUCACUGAGUGCCUUCAAGGGCUGCUUAAAGGUGAGAUUUUGCUUGGAUGUCGAGAAGAUGCCUGA